GGCCGGGGUGAUGGAGUGUGGCCGGGGUUACGGUCAGAGGCCGAUUGGCCGGCUUGGCGAGAAUUGGGCGAUGGGGUAGCCGAAUCGGAAUCCGAGACAAUCAUGGCGGCGAGAGAAGGAACUGACCUGGACAGGAAGAAGAACGAGUCGGGUGAGCAGCGGAGUUGCAGACGAACGGUAGUGAAGAAGGCGAAAGGAAGAGAUGGCGUCCAGCGGCGGUUUUUAACUGACAACAGGAAGGCGAAUCGGCAGGCCAUGAUUACUUAUUUGUGGAGAUCGUGCCCAAGUGUCGUGCGGAACCCAAGGAACGGCCCGGAUCCCCGCUGGAGCGUCCACAGGACGGCCCAAAUGAACCAUUUAAACAGCUUCGGGUCAAGCACCUGUGAAAUACUCAAGCUGGGCCGGCCCAAGGAGCUGGGCCUAGUUAACCUCAGGCCAAGCGCAGCUGGAAGACAGCCCACUUCUAGGAACAUCCGGAAGGUAUCGUAGAGAAGGUUCGGCGUUAGCAUAUUGAAGUUAGUGAGUUAAUCGUCGGAAUCAUGUUCAUCGACAUACCCGAAAUUCUGGACAGCAACUAUCCCUUGACUUCAGGUCCGAUUUACGCUAUCUUACAUAUGUUAAAACGAAAUACUUUCUAUACGAAAGUUGUAGCCUUACAUCUUAGGAAUCCACAGAAUCAAACGGUUUGAAAUUCCGUGAAGAAACAAUGGAGAUAUGCCCAAAUUACCGCAGGCUGUCCAGUUGUGACGGAAAUGACAAAGUUGGUGAAUUUCGAUGUUGUUUCCACUCCCGCUCAUCCGUAAGGUUUCGGCCGAUGAUUUCCAGGUCUGUACCUUUGCGUUAGACUUGUCGAAU